CCCCGUCCCAGUCCUCAGGCGCGAGUUCCGCGGCCGCCGAAGCGGUCCGUCGGAGGUGGCUGAACAGAUUGCCGACUAUCGGUGGGACAGACGGACGGACCUGGGAGAGCAGGGCGAUGGACACCUUCAGCACCAAGAGCCUGGCCCUGCAGGCCCAGAAGAAGCUCCUGAGCAAGAUGGCGUCUAAGGCAAUGGUGGCCGUGUUCAUCGAUGACACGAGCAGUGAGGUGCUGGACGAGCUGUACCGCGCCACCAAGGAGUUCACUCGCAGCCGCAAAGAGGCCCAGAAGGUGGUCAAGAACCUGGUCAAGGUGGCCAUGAAGCUGGGCGUCCUGCUCCGUGGUGGCCAGCUGGACAGCGAGGAGCUGGGGCUGCUGCAGCGCUUCCGCCAGAAGGCGCGUCGCCUGGCCAUGACGGCCGUCAGCUUCUACCAGGUGGACUUCACCUUUGACCGGCGCGUGCUGGCCGCCACCCUGCACGAGUGCCGGGACCUGCUGCACCAGGCGGUGGGCCCUCACCUGACCGCCAAGUCCCACGGCCGCAUCAACCACGUCUUCAGCCACUUUGCUGACUGCGACUUCCUGGCCGCGCUCUACAGCCCCGUCGAGCCCUACCGCUCGCACCUGCGCAGGAUCUGCGAGGGGCUCACCCGCAUGCUGGACGAGGACAGCAUAUGACCCCCGCCUGGGGCGUCCUGUGGGGGGCAGAGGAGGGUGACCUCUCCGCUCCCACCCAGCUCUGGCCGCGUGCCCGGACAGGUGGCCCACCCCCUUUCAGAUGCUGAGCUGUUGGAGGAAGCAGUUUUCCGGACCUGUGCUGCUUCUCCUCCAGCCCCAUCCUGCUGGGGAGAGGAAUUCAAUGUGGAGACCCCACAGCCUGCUCAGGGUGGCAUGUCUGCAAAAGCCAGCAUUUCCCACUUAAUAAUGUUGCUAGGGCUUUUCGUUCCUUCAGACAGGGUUGUGGUGAACCAGAAAAGGGUGCACUGUGUACCCCAAAUUCCUCUGUGGCAGCCCUCCCCCCUGGGCCUCCAAAUGUGACCUUAUUUGGAAUAGGGUCAUUGCAGGUGUGAUUAGUUAAGAUGAGGUCACACUUGGAGUCGGGUGGCUCCUAACUCAACAUGAGUGGUGUCCUUAUAAAAAGGGGACAUUUGGACACAGAGACAGAGAAAAAGGCCAUGUGGAGGUGGAGAGAUGUGUCUACAAGCUGAGGGACACCCAGGAUUGCCAGCCACCCCCAGACAUGGGGAAGGCCUGCCACAGGCAUCAAGGAACCAGCCUGGCUGCCACCUUGAUCUCAGACCUCUGGCCGCCAGAACUGGGUGGGCACUGUCAGCGAGGCUGCCUCUGUUUGACUGGAAUUGGAGUCCUGAUUCCCUUGUGGAAGGGGACAGAGUGGGCCCCCAGCGUAGGGCUCCGAGUAAAGCCACCUGAGAUGCACCCACAUUAAUCGGUCAUUCAUGCUGGGGAAACACACACAGAUGACUAUUUCUGUGAACAGACCUGACAGGACAGUUCAGUGAAGCUUGGCUUUGGUGGUGCCCAGAAGACGCAGCGAUUCUUAGCUCAAGAUGGGCACACAGGGCGUGGGAGCAUCCUUGCCACGUCUGUCAGUCAGAAGGGGACAUGGGCUUUGAAAGGUUGCAGAACGCUGCCAGCGGGGCAGAUGUGCCAGGGCGUGGCAGGUUAAUGCGGGUGCCCAUUGGGGAGGGGAAAAUGAUGUCCUGUGACCGCCUGAAGAACUGUGUCUGUUGAGGGCAUAAGUUGCAAAUGGGGCCUGCAGGUCUUUUUAGGCAGGAAGAUGGGUUUGGUUGGCCCCCUCCAACGUUUGACACAUUUGGAAUUAGCUGCCAACAUUUUAAAACAAGGAAGCAGCACAUCCUGAUCUAGAUUUGGAGGUUCUGGAACUCCCCUGGGGCCUGGGCUGCCCCCUGGUGAAGCUGCACCGGGGUUGCCCCCUCUCGGCUUUGCCACAGUCUCCACCACUCCCUUUUGUCUCUCCCUGGCUGAAAGGAGAUAAUGACCUCACCUGCAGGACGGCCUUUUUGUACUUUGGUUCCUCCUUCCCUGAAAAAGCCAAAGUUCUUUCACCGAGAGCCAGCCCCACUCUUCCAAGACAAAACUCCUCUCUUAUCUUCGGUCAAGAAACGCAUCUUCAAAUGCAAGCGCACACGUGCAUUUUGAGCACCUCCAGAAGCCCCAGAUGAAAGCCUUUGCCCUGGGCUCUGCUGCCUGAAUGUGUCAGUGUGCGUAACGCUUUGUAGUUGUGCCCUGCUGGGCUGUCCAGCCUGUCUGGACUCUUUCCAUAAAUUUGAGGUUUAAUUUAAAAAACCAGAGAGCGCAGCACAACUAUUUAAAUAAAAGUGCCCAUCUUCCACUCACA